CGGACAAACCGGAUUAAGGGUGUCUUUGGCAUUUCUCGCUACUUUUCAAGUUCUUAACCCCCAAGUCAAAUUUUAUCAUAUAGAUACGUUAUUAUUACAAGCAGGAACCGAAAAUUGCCUCAGCAUGUUAACCAUUGACAGCCGUGGAAAUAAAUAUCAUAUUGCAGUUUAUCAAAAUAAAAAGUGUUUAUUAACUAACCAAAUUAUCCAGCAAGCAGAGUUAACCAAAAUAAGAGAAAAAUUUCCUGAUUUCAGAAUUCUCCAAGAUUUUCAAGGAGCAGUUUUUUUAACCAAUUUCCAGAAAUUAAAAGAGAAUUUUUUGAGAUUGAAAAAAAUUGCGGAAAUUAGUUAUUAA